UCGAAAGUCGUAAAACUGUUUUGUGUUUGUAAAUUUUAUUGUAUUCCACUGGGAAAACGGUAUUUUAAGAUUACAAAAUGUCUGAAACAACGCCGCCAGCUAAUCAAACAAUUAAACGUAAAUUGGAUGAUGAGAAUGACAAAGAUCACUCAAAUGCCUCACAUAAAACUAUGAAGACCAUACAAUGUCCUUAUUUAGACACCAUAAACAGACAUGUGCUGGAUUUUGAUUUCGAGAAAUUAUGUUCCAUUUCCCUUACAAGAAUUAAUGUUUAUGCCUGCUUGGUUUGUGGAAAAUAUUUCCAGGGCAGGGGAACUAAUACCCAUGCAUACACUCACUCCGUAGCUGAAAGUCAUCAUGUAUUCCUCAAUCUUCAUACAUUGAAAUUUUACUGUUUACCGGAUAACUAUGAAGUUAUAGAUUCAUCAUUGAAUGACAUCAAGUAUGUGCUGAAUCCAGUCUUCACUCCUGAUCAAAUAACUCAACUGGAUAAAAAUACUAAAAUGUCAAGAGCCAUCGAUGGCACCAUGUACAUGCCAGGCAUUGUUGGACUCAAUAACAUCAAAGCCAAUGAUUAUUGCAAUGUUAUAUUACAGUGUUUGUCACAAGUUAGACCCCUGAGAAAUUAUUUUCUGAGGGAGGAGAACUAUGCCAAUGUGAAGCGACCUCCCGGUGACUCGUCGUUCCUGCUGGUCCAGAGGUUCGGAGAACUGCUGAGGAAACUGUGGAACCCUCGUGCAUUCAAAGCCCAUGUUUCUCCACAUGAAAUGCUACAAGCUGUCGUCCUGUGGUCUAAGAAGAAAUUUCAAUUUAUAAAGCAAAGUGAUCCUAUUGACUUUUUAUCAUGGUUUCUGAAUUCCCUGCACAUGGCUCUCAAUGGGACAAAAAGUCGAAACAGUUCCAUUAUCUACAAAUCAUUUCUGGGUCAUAUGAGGAUAUACACAAGGAAGCUUCCCCCUCCAGAUGCAGAUGAUGCUGCGAAGGUGGACUUGAAUAGUGAAGAAUACCAGGAGAUGAUCACUGAGUCACCAUUUCUUUACCUCACCUGCGACCUACCACCAACACCUUUGUUUACUGAUGAAUUUAGAGAAAAUAUUAUACCGCAGGUAAAUCUAUAUCAGUUACUAUCGAAAUUCAAUGGACAGACUUCAAAGGAGUACAAAACAUAUAAAGAGAAUUUCCUAAAGAGGUUUGAAAUAACCCAGCUGCCUCCAUAUUUGAUUCUCUACAUCAAAAGAUUCACGAAAAACACAUUUUUCGUCGAGAAAAAUCCAACCGUUGUAAACUUUCCUGUGAAGAAUGUCGAUUUCGGUGAUAUCUUAACGCCCGAAGUGAAGGCCAAGCAUAAUGGUAAAACUAUUUAUGAGCUUGUGGGUAAUAUUGUUCACGAUGGUACUCCAGAGAAGGGGACGUACAGGGCCCAUGUUUUGCACACACCUACACAACAGUGGUACGAAAUGCAGGACCUCCAUGUGACUAGUAUUCUACCUCAGAUGAUAACCCUAACAGAAGCAUAUAUUCAAAUAUACGAAUUAAAGCAAGAUUAAAUUAAAUGGCUGUCCCUCGUCACAUUGAGGAGAGACUCAAGUUCCCGAAAUUGUUCAUUUUAAAAAUGAAUGUUAGAAAUUUAAGAAUAAAAAUAAAAUACCAUA